UUAAAUUACUAAAUAUAAAAGUAUAAUAGCUAUAAUUAAAGAGUAACUGAGUGAUUGCUUGCUAUUGUCUUAUCUCCAUACUUUGCUAUAUAAAGAUAAACAGUUUAACUCGGACUAUUAACUGAGUAGUACAUGGCAUUUGACUUGUCUGCUAUGUUACGGCACUUGAUACUUUUUAACGCACUUUGCGUGAUUUUUGUGGCUAGUUUUACUGUUAUAAAACCUGGGCCACAAUAUCCCCCGACGAAAGGGAAAGUUUGGCCAAAACCGCAACAACAAACUGAAGAAGAUGCUUAUUAUAAAUACUCAACGUCUUUUUCGUUUGAGGAGACCGGCCAAACUUGCGAUAUUCUUAAAGCAGCAAUUGAUCGCUAUAACAAUGUCUUAAGGAGAACCCAUCUUAUACUUUCGAAAUAUUCGACUGAUCUUUUAAAUCAAGCAACAGAUUUGUCUCUGGACACAAACUUUAAAGGGGAAGUGCGAAAAUUACAAAUCAAUCUGAAAUACCCAUGUGAACGUUACCCACACUUGGACAUGGAUGAAAAAUACAGCCUCAACGUCUCAGCAGUGUCAACACUGGACAGUGACUCAAUAUGGGGGGUUUUGAGAGGUCUUGAGACCUUUGUCCAGAUGUUUUACAUGUCUGACGAUUACAAUGACUUACUUAUCUAUGGGACCCAAAUCGUAGAUUUCCCUAAAUAUUCGCACAGAGGUCUUCUUAUUGACACGUCAAGACAUUACCUCUCUUUAGCUACUAUAUUUAAAACUUUGGAUGCUAUGGAAAUGAACAAGAUGAACGUUUUGCACUGGCACAUAGUAGAUGACCAGAGCUUCCCGUACCAGAGCAAGAAAUUCCCCGCUUUAAGUAAAGCGGCUUUCCACCCUAAAUUGAUAUACACUGCUGACAAUAUCCAAGAAAUAAUCAAUUACGCGACGUUUAGAGGAAUUCGUGUCAUGCCAGAAUUUGAUGUACCAGGGCACACUAGUUCUUGGGGCAUCGCCUUCCCAAAUAUAUUGACCCAAUGUUAUCGAGGUAAUAAUGUGGUAGGUUUAGGUCCGAUGGACCCUACUAAAAAUGCUACCUACGAAGUCAUCAACGAUCUGUUUCAAGAGAUCCAGGAACGUUUCCCGGAUAAGUACUUACACGUAGGUGGUGAUGAAGUCGAAAUGGGCUGUUGGGCAUCAAACCCAGAGAUAAAUAAAUUUAUGGAGGACCACGGCAUGCGAGGCACAAAUGAACUGCACUCAUACUUCAUGAGCAAAAUCAUUCCACUAUUAGGAGAGACAUCCAAACCUAUUGUUUGGCAAGAAGUUUUCGAUGAGAGUGUUGUGCUACCAAAUGGAACAAUUGUGCAAGUGUGGAAAAAUAGAGAAGCCUAUGAAAUGGCUAAUAUCCUGAAGGCUGGCCACAAAGUAAUUUACUCAGCCUCUUGGUAUCUUGACCAUGUAAAUGGAGGUGGAGAUUGGAGUAAAUUCUACUCCUCAGAUCCUCGCUCAAAAGUGUCAGCAUAUUACCCCGAACUGAAUAUAGAGAAUAUAGUGGGUGGAGAGGCUUGCAUGUGGGGUGAAGUUGUAAAUGAUUCAAAUAUGAUAAGCAGGGUGUGGCCUCGCGCUAGCGCGGUAGCCGAAAUACUAUGGAGUGGAUCCGAUGAUAAAGAUAAUUAUUUCUAUUAUGUAAGAGAACUGUCCGACAUAAGCUGCAGACUAGAAGAACACGUCUGCCGUAUGAAUCAACGUGGAGUGAAAGCACAGCCAGCUAGCGGGCCAGGAUUUUGUGCGACUGAUAAUAAUUAAGAUACGGGAUACCGUUUUGACGUAUCGUAAUUGAUAUCGUAUAUAGUAAUUGACCAUUUUACCGUACUGAAGUGUAAUUAGUCUUAAUUACUUUUUAUUCCCUUACAUGAUGUAAAGAAGAAGUACUUUAUUGUUCUGAAACUUUUUAGGGUUGUGAUCGUAAUUUAUACCUUUAUUAAGGACCUCGAUUGUUUCAAAAAAUAUAAAAAUGCGUUAAUAAACCGUUGAGCAAUACAUAAUUAUGCGUCACGAAAGUUAUUGCAAUUAUAUUUAUUUUAACAUAUGUAUAACUAGUGCGCAUACGACUUUUCUAUAACUCUGCAUGCUGUGAAAAGUGUUUUUUAAAUAAUUAUAUUUUUUACAAGCAAUGCACAAAAUAUAUAGUUCAAUUUAAA